GAAAAAUGACAAGUUUGGCGGGCGGAAAUCGUCGCCGUUUUUGAACGAAGGCCUCUUGUUUUGCUCUCUCCAACUUUUUCUUUUCAUCUAAAAUCUAGACAGCAUCAAAUCUCUUAAUAAUUAUUGCCAUUUCCUGCAAUAAUUUCAAAGAAUCUCAUUCUAUUAUUCGAUUCUUCCAAACGCUUCCUCCCUACAAAAACCUCACCCUACCCUUCUCAUAUCCCAUCAGAAAACGAGCUUUGAUUUCCCUCCGCAAAUGACUUCUCUCCGAAUUUUUCUUGGGAACCCCAUUUCCCCUGCCCUAGAUCUCUCUCGCUCGUUCAAGCUAGACAAUCAGCGAUCCGCCGUAGGACGAUCCAAGGGUCGAGAUCGAAUCUUGGCAUGUCUUGUUUCAGAAGCAGAGUCGAAGAAAUUGACGCCUCAGGCUCCUAUUGGGGGGAGGAGUAAAGAGGUGAUGGAGACGGAAGGGAGAGUGUUUGUGAGGACUUAUGCUAGAGCUCCUGUGGUUUUCGAGAGUGGCAAGGGGUGUAAAUUGUAUGAUGUAGAGGGGCGGGAGUAUUUGGAUAUGACGGCUGGGAUUGCGGUGAAUUCACUGGGCCAUGCCGAUCCAGACUGGGUGAAGGCAGUCGUCGAGCAGGCGAACACUCUGACCCAUGUCAGCAAUGUAUAUUAUUCGAUCCCACAGGUGGUUCUUGGACAACGUCUCGUGGAGUGUUCCUUUGCCGACCGUGUCUUUUUCUCCAACUCUGGAACAGAGGCAAAUGAAGCUGCUAUCAAAUUUGCAAGGAAGUUCCAAAGGUUCUCAAAGCUUGAUGAAAAACAGCCGGCAACAGAAUUUAUUUCUUUUACCAACUGCUUCCAUGGGAGGACAAUGGGAGCUCUUGCCCUGACAAGCAAAGAGCAUUACAGGACCCCUUUUGAACCGGUCAUGCCUGGUGUCACUUUCAUAGAGUAUGGGAAUAUAAAUGCGGCGAAAGAAGCGAUCCGACCUGGAAAAACAGCUGCAGUUUUUGUGGAACCUAUCCAGGGUGAAGGUGGAAUAUACAGUGCUACAAAGGAAUUCUUGCAGGCUCUGCGCAGUUCUUGUGAUGAUGCGGGAGCACUCUUGGUCUUUGAUGAGGUUCAAUGUGGACUAGGGCGAACAGGAUACCUGUGGGCCCACGAGGCCUAUGAUGUUUCUCCAGAUAUAAUGACUCUUGCCAAGCCUCUCGCUGGAGGUCUACCCAUUGGUGUUGUCCUGACAACAGAAAGGGUUGCUGCUGCUAUAAGUUCCGGCGACCAUGGCAGCACAUUUGCUGGCGGGCCCCUUGUCUGCAAUGCCGCACUUGCAGUACUGGAUAAGAUCCGGAAGCCUGGCUUCCUGGCCAGCGUAUCCAAGAAAGGCCAAUAUUUCAUGGAUCUGUUGGUUCAGAAGAUGGGAAGAAACCCACAUGUGAAAGAAGUUCGUGGGGUUGGUCUCAUUGUUGGGAUUGAGUUGGACGUGUCCGCCUUGCCGCUUGUGGAUGCAUGCCGGGAUGCAGGCCUUCUGAUAUUGACUGCUGGGAAAGGCAAUGUUGUGAGGCUUGUGCCACCGUUGGUGAUAUCGGAGCCGGAACUGGAACGCGCAGCUGAAAUUUUGUUGGAAUGCAUACCUGUACUGGAUGGUAAUACAUCAAACUAGUUAGAAAGGCGUGUCAUUCGGCAUCUAGCUAUGCUAGAUUAGAAUUUGUAGCACAUCAAACAAGUUAGAAAGGCGUGUAAUUGGGCAUCUAGCUAUGCUAGAUUAGAAUUUGUAGCUUUUUCUCCUUUGGCUUUACGUAUUUAUGUUUGAAUUGUAGAAUGAAUGUUUAAUCUUUAGGAAUGCAUGUGUCCAGUCGUCCA